AUGAGGCUUUGCAGCACUCUGGCCAUUCCCACUAUAAAAAGCCCUCUCCCUGCAACAUCUCUCCUUCCAUUAAUUAAGACGAGCAGCAGUGCGGAGAAAUUAAGAAAACUGCACAGAGAAGAAGAGAUGGUGAGAGCUCCGUGUUGUGAUGAGAUGGGCUUGAAGAAGGGGCCAUGGAUGCCCGAAGAAGACAGAAUUUUGGUAUCUUAUAUACAGAGAUACGGCCAUGGAAAUUGGAGAGCACUUCCUAAGCUAGCAGGUUUUUCAAGAUGUGGAAAAAGCUGCAGAUGGUCUGCAAUAGCUGCCAAGUUGCCAGGAAGAACAGAUAAUGAGAUCAAGAACGUGUGGCACAGUCACUUGAAGAAACGUUUAAAUCCUAAUCAAUCCAUGAAGGACUCCAAGCGAAGAAACAGAAACAACUCCAUGAUGGAAGACAUGAAGCUGCAGAAAUAUGCAGAAGAGCCAGGUUGCUCCACAGAAGACUCCAUGGAUUUCCUCCGACACCUUCCAGAAAUUGGUGAAAUUUUAACAUCCGAAGCGCAGACAGAAAGCAACAGCUGGGCCGGAGAGGAAGAAGAAGAGGAAUCUGCAGUCAAAAAUUUCGAUUUAUUGAGAUCGUCAAACGAAGAUGACAUCAGGUUUUGGAUGAGUUUGUUAGCAGAAGCUGGGAAUUUGGAAUGCUUCAAGUAG